AGAAGAGACCGAAGAGUAGAGGGAGGUUCUUCAACUCCACAUCCAACAAACGUCAGUAUCGACACAGGGACAAUGGCGAGGACGUAAAUAAACUCACUGCUGGACAUUUUAAACAUUUACCGCUGGGGAUUUUAAUCCACUAACGACUGUUCACAGCGUUAUCGCUUAACUGUGAUCAAAGACACGCGGAGAUGAAUCGAUACGAUAACCUGGAGUUGGAUUUGGAGUGUGAAGGAGGAGGAAGCGUUGAACAAAAAGCAGCGUUAUUUGGUGGGAUGUUCAAAAGAUCGUCUAAAUCUGUGGAACCAUUAAUCCAAGCACAGGACAAUUUAUCAGCCAGUGGUGAACUUUCAAAGAGCAAUGACAGUCUGAAUGACAACAACAGCAAGGAAAAAGGAGGUGGACUGAAAGGAAUGUUUAAGAAGACGAACAAAUCUGCCAAAGAGGCUCCUCCACAGGUCACCAUGUCAGUAAAAAAUCCUCAACUCUCAGCCAGUAGUGACAGUUUAUCAGACAAGUCAUCAAAGGACAAAACAGGAGUUUUUGGAGGAAUUCUAAAAGCGUCUCAUAAACCAGGACAUGUCCGCAGGCCUUCACAGGAUCUUUUGGACAGUGAGCUCUCGGGCAGUAAUGGAGGUCUGUCUGAAAAUGCCAACACCAAGGAGUCAGGCGGGUUGUUCAGUGGGAUGUUUAAAAAAUCUCCAAAGCCAAUUGGUGCCAGGACACAAUCCCAGGAGGAUUUGACUGCACCAAGCAAGCUCUCAGGCAGCAACGACAAUCUUUCUGAAGCUGGCAGCACUAAGGAGUCAGGUGGGAUUUUCAGUGGGAUGUUUAAAAAACCACAGAAGGCCUUUGGAGCGAGGACACAAUCCCAGGAGGAUUUGACUGCACCAAGCGAGCUCUCGGGCAGCAGCGACAGUCUUUCUGUCACUGGCAGCACUAAGGAGUCAGGUGGGAUGUUCAGUGGACUAUUUAAAAAAUCCCCAAAGAGAACACAGUCCCAGGAUGAUUUGUCUGCACCCGAUGAACUCUCAGGCAGCAACGACAAUCUCGCAGAGAGCAAUGCAAAGGAGAAAGGAGGACUUCUAAGUGGAGUGUUCAAGAAAAAAGGUGCCAGAUCUCAGUCUCGGGAUAAUUUGUCUGUGGAUGUUGAACUCUUUGGCAGCAGCGAAAGCCUCACAGAAAAGUCUUCAAAGGGUGGAGUCUCUGCAAAGAUCCUGAAGAAUCCUUUCACAUCCUCAUCUCAGGAGAAGGAGAAGUUGGAACACUCUGGAGACUCGCAGGAGAAUACAUCUUCCUCAGAGAAGCCCAAAAGCAAACAGAAUGGUUUCAGUGCAAUGAUGAAGAGCACGUUCUACACUGACAAACAGGAGAAGAGCAGAGACACAGAUGAUGAGGAGUUACUGGACAACGGGGAGGAACAGACGAGUCACAAACAGAAUAAAUUUGCUGAGGCUAUGACAAAGCUGAAUCCAUUUAGAACGGCAAGCAAAAACGAGAAGCCGGCGAGUUCUGAUGAUGAGGAUCCACCUGCGGGUAGUGAUAAGUCGUCGGGGAACAAACAGAACACCAAGACUGGAGCUAUGUCCAAACUGAAUUUGUUCAACACAGGAAAUAAAAAAGACUCUGAAGACACAGAAAUGCUCAAGGAGAGCGAGAAACAAGUGGAAGAGAAGCCGAAACCGGUCAGAAGAAAAAAGAUCCAGCAAGAAAUGGAGGAAAAGAAAGAAUGGAGCAAAAUGCCGCUGGUCCCACCCAGACCUUCUAAAGAGGAGAUGAAGAGGACAUCCGCAUACGACAAAGUGAAACCAAGAGGAACUGAGGAUAAUCAGGACACACCUGUCAUUCCUCCAAGACCAUCAAAGGAGGAGAUGGUCAAAGCAGUGAGACAUGGUCAGCUGAAGCUGAAGAGCAAACAUCAGAGCCAAUCAGAUGACGAACUUCUUAAAGAAGAUGAAUCUGCUGAGGUCAAAGAGGCAGAUGAGGUGAACCUUGCAGAGAGCAAAGCAACCAAGGUGAAAAAACACAGGCACAACCCAUUUAUGUCUCGUCCUGCAGCCAAGGCUGCGUCUGAUGAUGAAGAGCUUAAAGAAGAAGCUGAUUCUUUAGCCAAAGAGGAAAACACAGAUGACGAGGCCAAGGAGAAAAAAGAGACCAAAGUCAAGAAACCAAAGCGACACAAUCCCUUCAUGCCACGGGUCAAGGCCAAAGUCAAACAGAGGAAUGACGACGUUGCAGAGAAUGAAGGUGGAAACAGGUCAUUGUUUGACCGGCUGGAGGACCUACGCAUUGACCCAUCAGAGCCUGAAGACAGCCAGGAUGUGGAGAAUCUCAUGGAGUGGUGGAACACGGUGGAACAAUGGGAAGACAUGCCGCCUCAGGAUGAAGACUUGACGGAAAAAGAAGAGGCCAAGGCUUUUGCGUUGACAGCUGAUAAGGUACAGAAGGGAAUUCGCGUCUUCAACAAACUGUUCUCAGAGCGCGCUGAGAGUCUCUGGCAGCACGUCAUCGACCUCAACGGUAUUGCCGAUGGUUUGGACAAGUUCAACAAGAACACAAAAAUCGCCCAGAUCACAGGCGGCUCCACCAGUGCCAUUGGGGGCGUUGCCACCAUCGCUGGCCUCGCUUUGGCCCCAGUCACCAUGGGAACCUCAUUGAUUGUGACGGCAGUGGGACUCGGCGUCGCCGCGGCUGGUGGACUGACAUCAGCAGGUGCCGGCAUCUCCAACCAGGUCAACAACUCAAUGGACCGUAAGAAGGUGGAGAAGAUCGUGGAGGACUACCAGGAGAAGAUGGUGGACUUGAACAAGUGCCUGAAAUUUAUCAAGCAAGGAAUUGAAAACUUGCGCAAAUUUGACCUGAUGAAGAUGAAAAAUCAUGCCUACAAUCGUGACUUCCCUGUGCUGAGUAGUAGUUUCUAUGAGGACGGCGCCAUGGCAGGAAAAGCUAUCCUCAUCAAUGCCAAUGAGAUCAUGCGUGUGGUUCAGAUUGCGAACGUGGCCGGCAGCACAGCAGCCAGAGCGGUCCAGAUCGCCAGUAUGGCCACCGGAGUACUCACUGGCCUCUUUGUAGGUAUGGACAUCUACUUUGUGGCUAAAGACUCGAAGGAACUCAAAAAAGGGGCCAAGUCUGAGUUUGCUGCCAAAAUCAGGGAAGUAGCAACACAACUACAUGAUGGUCUGGUGGAGCUCAAUUCCAUACGAGAGGAACUGCAGGCCACCACGCCAGAAGAAGGCACAGACCAGAACAAUGCUGCUUUUGACAAAGACAAGAAAGAGAAGGACUAUAGAUAUGAUAGUUCUGAGGAAGAUGAAAUUGACCGCAUCAAAAAAGCAAUCAAAAAGGACAUUGAAAACCGAGAAUAUGUUUGACUUCAAAACUUCAAACCAGUUCCCCAUGCAAGAGUUAUUUUAUAGCACUAGCUCAAAACUACACUCAUGAAAUACACAGUUUCUGGGAAAAAUCUAAAUAUUCUUUUGGGAAAUGACCGUCUUAUCAACAUUUACCUUCAUGGGAGGAACUGAGGAUUUAUGGUUGAUAAAGUUUCAUAUCUGCUUUUCAGGCAGUUGUGCCAAUGUGUGAAACUGCCGUUUAGUCUUUUCUUCAAGUGUAUUUUGUAUGCUCAUUUUUAUUCAUUAAAGACAUAGGUGUAGUAUUUUAAGUAUUUUUCAGAAUUAUUAAUAAUUUAAACUUUAGAGUCUUAUCGUCUCAAUGCCUGAUAUGGAAAAACUGGAGCUUUUACUGACUUUAAAGAUUGUGUAUACUCAUUGGGAGUAGUGCCUUUAUUACUAAUAAUGCCUUAAAAAUACACUGUGAUGUUUUGUUAAGUUAUUUUUUGGGGGUGUGGGGCCUGCAAUAAAACCAUUUCCCCUAUCAUGGGCUUCUUGUUUUAGGUCUGAUGUGGGAUGGUUUAUAAUUCAACUGGAUUUGUUUAACCUGGUGACAAUGGUCCAGUAAUAAGCUUUGUGUUAAAGCUGCUGGGCAAGAAUGUACUGUAGAUUUGCUUUUUGUUUUUUUUUGUGUUGCUUUUAAGGAUAGAACAAAGACAACAUUUAGUUGAGCGACAAUAGUUGGAUUAUAUCGGCUCAUAAGAUGUUUAGAGUUAAAGAUAGUGAGACAAGCUAAUGUAAAAUUUAGCAAACUAUUUUCCACCAUAAACAAAUUAAGGCAUGUCUAAACUAGUAAAGAUUGUCUUUAUUGAUAAAAGUCAUUAUUGUUAACAUUAAUCUACAUAUAGUAGUUUAAUCCAUGAAGAACUAUGUAUGUUUCAGGGUUGGUAAUGUUCCUGCAGUUCAAAGUCAAAAGUAGCUAACCUAGCCACCUGUUGGCUAACUGCCAACUGGUUAUUUAGUAAAAUGUAACCUUAGUCUGAAAAGGCUUAUUAUCACUUAACAUUCUUGUUUAACAGCAUUUUGAUCAAAUUUGUCAACCAUAAUAUUCUGUAUGUAAAUCUUGACUCCGGACCUGGCCAUAUUAGCAGGCUAACGUUAGCUUUAUUUCAUGACUAACCACUACAUCAUGAGAAUAUUCUGUGGAUCAACCUGUUUUAACUCAUAUUUUGUGUGUACAAGUGGAAAUGAACUUCUUGAUGAGCAGUGGAUUCAGUGGCAUCAUUGGUUGUCAAUCUAAUCCUUGGACGUAUUAGUCACUUUUUCAUGGUUUUCACAAGACAAUUGUUGAAUAAUUGUGAUGCCACUGGACGACUCACUUAAAAUUUUAAAAGAUUGUUUUAGAACUUACGACUGUCACUUAUUUGAUAAACUACAUAUUUAUUAGACCUUUUGGGGGGUUGAUCUGGUUAUUGGUGAUACCUUUUUGGUGCAAUAUAUUGUAGAUCUUCUUGUGUAAUAAAUGUAAAUGUAAAAAUUGUCAUUAAAAAAAAACAGUGAAA